AUGAGUCCGGCAAAUCAUCUAAAUCAUCAAGAUAAGUUUUCCUCGAGUUUACAAGACUUAAAUGAAGAUAUUGAUCUAAUAUAUCAAAAUUAUAUGAAUGGUCAAGAUAGUAAUGAUACCCUUGAUUCACAAACUCAUCAAGUAAGUGGUCAUAGAAGACUCAUACCUGAAGAAGUCAUUGAACGAUUUAAACAUUCUAAUGAUUAUAGUAAUGAUGAUGUUACGCACAGCCAUGAUUCUAAUUUACCCAUUCAUAUUUCGUCAAGAUUAUCAAGUAUAAGGAAUAACCAAGAUAUGACACAAAGUGCUCCUCAAACACCCAAUUCUAAUGGUUCAUUUGAUUUCAAUCCUCAUAAAACUUAUGCCAUGUCCAAUGCUUCCUUGAAUAUUUUGGAUACUCCGAGCAUUGAGCAUGAUUUUAAAGAUAUGAAAAUAACUGACAAUGUUGUAGGUUCAACUGAUGCUUUAAAAUCAGUUUUGAUCAAUGAUAGUUCUAAUAAUGAGUUUGAACCUAUUGGAAGUGAAGAUUAUGAGUACGAACAAGAAGAAAAUCUUGAAACCGAAUCUGAGAAAGAUUAUGUUGAUCCCAAUACCAAACAAGAUGAUUGGCAACAACAAGGUGGUGCAUCCAGAACUAUUAACAGUGAGUCAGGUUAUAAAGUCAUAAGAAGAAAUGUAACGGAUUUCGAAUUUGGUAAACAAUUAGGUGAAGGUUCCUACUCUACUGUAGUUUUAGCUACCGAUAAAAUCACCUCGAAGAAAUAUGCCAUUAAAAUUUUAGAUAAACGUCACAUUAUAAAAGAAAAGAAAGUCAAAUAUGUAAAUAUUGAAAAACAUGCAUUGAAUAGAUUAAGUAAUAGAAUGGGGAUAAUCUCAUUAUACUUCACAUUCCAAGAUAAAGAUUCACUUUAUUUUGUGUUAGAUUAUGCUUCCAAUGGGGAAUUAUUAUCAUUGAUUAAGAAAUACAACACUUUAAGUGAAGAUUGUACUAGAUACUUUGGAGCUCAAAUUCUCGAUGCCAUCAAAUUUAUGCACGACAAUGGGAUUAUUCAUAGAGAUAUCAAACCGGAGAAUAUCUUACUAGAUGAUAAUCUUAGAAUUCAAAUAACUGAUUUCGGUACUGCUAGGUUGUUAGAAAAGAAAAAUGAUGAAUCAGAAGAAUACCCGGUUGAUAUUAGAGCUAAAUCCUUCGUUGGUACAGCUGAAUAUGUUUCUCCAGAAUUAUUGGAUAACAAAUAUUGUGGUAAACCUGGUGAUAUAUGGGCUUUCGGUUGUAUCAUAUAUCAAAUGAUUGCAGGGAAACCUCCUUUCAAAGCAGCCAAUGAAUAUUUAACUUUCCAAAAAAUUACGAAAUUACAAUAUGCCUUUAGUGCUGGAUUUCCUAUAGUUAUUCGAGACUUGAUCAAACAAAUAUUGGUUUUGCAACCAUCCAAAAGAGCCAGUAUCCAAACUAUCCAGAAUCAUUACUUCUUUUCAUCCAUUGAUUUUAAUGAUUUUGAUUCUAUUUGGUUGACCACUCCACCUGAAUUAGGUCCUUAUAAGAUGUCAGCUAAAUCCAUGAUGAAAGUACCAGAAUUAACCAAAUCUCCAUCCACUCAAUCAGUCAACGUUAGAAAAACUGUAGCCACUCCUAGACAAAAAAGAGUUGCCAGUGAACCAACUUCUGCGUCUUCAAAUGGUAACCAAGUUUCUAAUACAAAUUCUAAUUCUGCUGGUCAUAAUGGUAAAUUUGUUAACCCUGCCAGUGCUGCUGCUUUUGUUUUGAAUAAAAAAGAUUCAUCUCCCGAUGUUGAAGAGUCUGAAGAGUCAAUCACUCCUAAAGAAGAAAUUGCAAGAUCAACUCCUCGUAACAGCGUACAUAACCAUACUCAAAGAUCAACUCCUCAGCCAGAAUAUAUCCCUGGUACUAAUAUUUUAAGGCCAACCAUUCAUACACUUCAUUCAUAUUCCAGAUCAUCUUCUAACACCAAGAAGAAAACUGUUAGGACUAAACCAAAAGUCAAAACUUUGGAAGUUACACCUAUAACAGCAUUAGAAGUUGCAUGGAAACAAUAUUUGAAUCACAAUGAUGAAAGAAUCUUGAAAAUAGGUCCCGUAAUUGCUAGUAAAUCUGACACUGAGAUGUUUGAGAGGAAAUACAAAGGAUUGAUUCAUGAUUCCCCGUUAGGAUUGCAAAACAAAAGAAAUAAUACCAGUUUCUUGUCGCAAGUGGUUAACGGGAAUUCUGGCUUGAGAGGUUCUAGUAUGAGUAGUUCCACACCCAGUGAUAGUGUAACUCAUGAUGAAGAAACAUUCGAAGGUGAUGAGAGUGAUGCUAUAAUUGAUUAUUUCCUUAUCGAAGAAACGAAUAAUGGAUCAUUGACACGAUCUGAAACCAACAAUUCCAGCAAUAAUAGUUCCAGUAGAGGAUCUAAAUUCUUGAAAAAACUAGGAAUUUCUAAUGCUCUUUCAACUAAGGAGAAAGAACAUGAAUUGGUAACUCAACAUCCUUUAGAAAAACCUAGAACAUGUACUAUGGUGAUAACUUCACAUGGAAGAGUGUUAAUCUUCUUCCGUAAUGAUCCCGACGCUAAUUAUAGGUUGAUUUCCGAAAUAUUAUUGAGUUUUGAAUUCAUCAGUUUCAAAGAAGUCAUCACAUCGUCUAAUAGUAAGUUGUCCAGACUUUUACCUUCAACAGGAUUAUUUGCCAUUGUUUCUAAAGAUUCUACUUUCACAUUUGAAGUAGAAAAGUAUGAAAUCAACGGAUGGACAGAAUCAUUAGCCAAAGCACAAACCAAUCAAUUUGAAAGAAUAAAGUUGGAUAAAUCUGGUAAAUUUGAAAAACAAAAAUCACCCAAAUUAAUGGAAUCUCCAGCUUUCCCCGAUAGGAAUGUUGAAAAAGAAUUGAAAAAAGAAGAAAGGCAUAGUUCUGAAUAUCGAGCCAAAUCUCCCAAACCUGACCAUAAUCAUCUUGAUCAUAAAGAAAGUUUAUUGACCAAUAAGAUCAAAUCUCGAUCAUCAGUAAAGAGAAAACCACCACCACCAAUUUCCAAUGGUUUAGAUAUGUCAACAGGGUUAUCUCAAGAGAAUGGGAUGUUAACUGCUGCGCAGUUAGCAGUUUCUCAUAGUACAAUAACACCAACAUUUAACAGAAGAUCGAGUUUUUCUAAAGAAGAGAAACCUUCUACAACAUAUAAAGUAGUUAAACAGAAUGCUUCAGGUGGUAUUACGCAAAUGAAUUCUAAAUUCUUAGCCAGAAGUCACCGUAAAAAGUAA